AUGUAUUCAUUCAGUAGACCAGAGGGGUGUUGGGGAUGUCUUUACAGUGAGAGUAAAGCAUGUUCAGAUAUUUACUUGUUUGACAAAGUAUAUUGUGUUGGAAGACAUUAUCAAGACUGUCUCAAGAACUUUCCUUAUGUGAGUCAGAGACAUUUUGUCCUUUCGAUUGAGCAAAAUGACAAAGGUAAACGGACAAUAUUAUUAGAAGAUAUGAGCACCAAUGGGACACUGGUUAACAAACAAAACGUGGAUGGUUGUGUUUACAUUCAGACUUUUGACCAAAUCACGUUGACACCAACAAGAGAAACGGGACAGAGUAUAUACAAUCUUGUUUUCUGUUUUAUCGAUUAUACUGUGAUUGACGAAGAAAACAAAUUGAGUCCAAUUCAUCAGAAUUACUCAUUUGGUCCAAUGUUGGGAUAUGGUGCAUAUUCUGUUGUCCGUUAUUGUGAGUACGACGGUGUUGAUUUACCAAUGGCGGCUAAGAUAGUGAGUACUUCCAAGUUUGAGUGCUUGGACUUCUUCAAAAAGGAAAUGCAAAUACUUAAAAGUCUGAAACAUCCAUGCUUAAUUAUAUUAUAUGAAGCUGUCAUAACACCACAUAAUUAUUAUUUUAUAAUGGAAAUGAUGAAUGGUGGUAGUUUGUUUGACAGAAUCCGUGACCAGCGCUGGAAGAAUAACGUGAGGAGUAUUGGUUAUCAGCUCUUGCUUGGACUAAAAUAUUUAGAAACGCUUAACAUCGUUCAUAGAGACAUUAAGCCAGAGAACAUCUUGUUCAAAACCCGAGAUUCUGAUGCUUUGAAAAUUACCGACUUUGGAUUCGGAAGAGUGACUGAUCAAUCCAAAUUUGCAUCAACCAUGUGUGGGACUGAAAUGUAUAUGGCACCAGAAAUGUUUCAAAAGAUAGUUGGGCACAUAAAGAAAUAUGACACAUCGAAGAUGGAUGUUUGGAGUACUGGUGUUGUGUUAUUUUUUACUGCACUGAGGUAUUUACCAUUUAGUACUGAUUUGGAUACAUACAGAAGACAGUUAUUGGUUGGGCAAGUCCAAUUUGGGCCACACUUCUUUAAGCUUGAGUUGUCCAUGCAAGAGAUACUCCUCAAGAUGUUAACGCCCAACGUCCAUGAACGCUGGAAUGUUGAUCAGUGUUUGAGUCAUGAUUUCUUUUCGUUUGACUUACACGGAUUAUACUCUCCUUCUAUUUCAGACUUGACUCCGUUUGGUCAAUAA